CAGAGCUUGACUUAUGCAGUUUCCCGUCCGACCACGGCAAAUCCACUGCGUUGAAUGUGUUGUCAUUCUCUCUGAGUGAAAGAGGAAGUACAGAAAAACUACAAUCCAUGUUCAUUUUCAAAUAAUCGCGUAUGACUUUUACUAUGGAGAGAGAUGCUGGCAUAAUUUCUUUAAUUAAAGCACUUGGGUAUAAGAACAAUGAGUGUUUGGGGAAAUGUACAUGUGAUGAGUUACCUUGCCCACUACUUACCUGGUUGGUCUCGGAAAUUAGGGCAAAUUGCCCCGAUGUGCCAGCACACAGCAUUGGUGGAGCAGUUCUGGUUGGAGAGUUGAAGGAGGUGCUGAAGGAGAUGUCCUGUCCUCAAAAUGAAUUUGCAUCAGAGCAUCUUAGCCCAUCUCUGAUGUACAAAGUGACCGAGUUCUUGGUGUCAGAGUUAAUGGCAGCACGUAUGCUGAUGUAUAAGGAGAGUCACCCAGAAGAAGCAGAACAAAAUUGUGAGUCAAGACCAAAAGAGCAAAGAAAAGAGGAAGAUUUUGCUGUGGACAGCGAGGGUGAGGAUGAAAAUAUCAGUCAAGCAGAAGAGGAUCAGACUAACUGGAAAGAGAUAAAUAAAGAGCUGGCAGAGCUGCUUCAGAACCUCGGGUUGGAUGAAUCCUCUCAGCUAAAGGAUGCCUGUGCAGAGGUGAAAUCACGCCUUGCUGCAUUUCCAAAUGGUGAAGUGCCAGAGGCGUUACUAAAGAUGAAUGUGAACUCUGAGCAGUGGAACAAGAUUCAUGAGAUCAAAAAAGCUCUCUGUAAGGAUUAUGAGUGCCGGCGCAAAAUGAUGAUCAAUCGUUUCCAUGUCACGCUACAGUCCUUUGCUUGGGGAGAAAGAGGGCAGGAACGGAAAGCUGUUCUUUCUUCAAUGCAAUCCUUCGAACCCUCUUACAAAUCCUCUGUUUCCAUUGCUAUGCUGUUGGCAGCCAGAGAGGAUCAGUCCCGCAUUUCACCGGUUAAAGCCGGACCUUCAACAGACGUUCAUAAGGUGCGAAUGGGGGAUGUGCCAGACAGGGGGGGACGCCCAGGAGAGAUUGAGCCACCAAUGCCCAGUUUCACCAGUCGCCGUGAGGGAGGGGGCAGUAAUCGAUUCAAAAAGAGUAGACGAGAAUACUCAGGAAAGAAGAAGAAAAAAUAAAGAGAAUUAGAGA